UUUCACUUCCUGUCACGCAGGCGCACUACAAGCCAGGUCAAAGGGCAUCCGCGUGUGCCAUGUCUGCAACAACAGUGAGGCGGCGCAAGGUACAGCAGCAAGAUGAAGGCGACCAGGGUGACACGACAGACAGCGUCCAGGAAAGUUGCAACGUGAAAAAAGAGUUAUCAGAUAUGAAAAUAACACUUCAGCUUGAAGCUGGAAGUUAUUGGCUGACUCGCAUCUUCUUCUUGAGAUUCCUGGGCUUUAUUUAUGCUGUGGCUUUUUUGGUCGGAUACCAUCAAAACAUUCAACUAAUUGGCCACAAAGGACUUCUUCCUGCAACAAACCACCUGAAGAAGAUAUGGUCUCACACAGGAGGAUCUCUCUCCCAGUCUCUGAACUAUGCUCCCACUCUGCUGUGGUUUGUGAACUAUGAAGAUCACCUGGACUGGUGUCUGACUGCCAUAGCCCUGUGUGGACUGAUGUUAUCUCUUCUGUUGGUUGUACUGGGCUCUGCCAACAUACUGGUGAUGUCUGUACUCUGGGUGCUCUACCACUCCCUGGUCAAUGUGGGCCAGAGAUGGUAUUCCUUUGGAUGGGAAUCUCAGCUCCUGGAGAGCGGGUUCCUGGCAAUAUUUUUCUCUCCUCUUCUCUCCUUGCGUCCUGUGCCCAAAAGAACUCCGCCAUCUUGGGCUGUCAUCUGGGGCUACAGGUGGCUCAUCUUCAGGAUAAUGCUUGGGGCAGGUCUUAUCAAAAUCCGAGGAGACCAGUGUUGGAGAGAUUUGACUUGUAUGAAUUAUCACUAUGAGACACAACCAGUGCCUAAUCCAAUCAGCUAUUACUUGCAUCAAUCUCCAGAAGUAUUUCAUAAGUUUGAGACUCUGUCCAAUCACUUCAUAGAACUGGUGGCUCCACCUCUUGUUUUGUUGCCUGGCAACUAUUGGCUGUUCAGAAGGUUGCGUAUAAUUGGAGGAUUUUUGCAAGUAUUAUUUCAGGUGAUCCUAAUCAUCAGUGGCAACUUAAGCUUCUUGAACUGGCUGACUAUACUUCCCAGCAUCUGCUGUUUUGAUGAUGCUAGCUUGGCGUGGAUGUUUUCUAAUAAAAGGAAUUCUGUGAAGUGGCAAGUGUGGCAGAUACAACAGGAAGAGAAAACUGGAAACAAACCAAGGGAAUCGAGAACCCAGUACAUCAGGAAAGUGAUGAAUGUAACGCUGGCAAUACUUCUGGCCUAUCUCAGCAUUCCUGUGGUCCAGAAUCUUCUCUCGUCAAGACAAGCCAUGAAUACUUCAUUUGAACCUUUGAGAAUACUGAACACCUAUGGUGCAUUUGGAAGCAUAACCAAAGACAGGACAGAGGUGAUCAUCCAGGGUACAUAUGAUAACCCACAAGAUCCAAGCGCUAAGUGGCUGGAGUAUGAGUUCAAGUGUAAACCAGGUGAUGUAUACAGGAGGCCAUGUUUGAUAUCUCCAUAUCACUACAGACUGGACUGGCUUAUGUGGUUUGCAGCUUUCCAGAACUACCAACAUAACCCAUGGUUAGUACACUUGGCAGCCCAGCUUCUGGUGAAUGAUGAGGGAGCUUCCUCACUUAUUGCACACAAUCCCUUUCUGGGUAAAGCGCCACCAAAGUUUAUUCGUGCAGAACACUACAGGUACAGGUACACAAAACUAGGCAGCAAGGAUGCGCUAAGCGGAGCAUGGUGGAAGAGGAAACGUUUUGGCAACUAUUUGCCACCCGUGUCUUUGGCAGCACUUAAAGAAUUUUUGACAGCUAUGGAUUGGCCCAUCCCACUUUUGAAAGCCUGAUCCUAACAAGGAGUUGAUCCUUACAGAUGUAGAGCCUAGUAAUAUUUAUUUUGAAGAUAUCACAAAAAAGAAAUAGGCCACACAUGAACCUUUUUUCAAGGGGUGUUAUUUUUCUCUUUUAUUCUAUAGUUUAUUUUUGUUAUCUGAUGACUUUUUACCGUUACUAUAUUGUCAGCUUUAAAAGCUAAGGUUUAAUUGAAAGAUUACCAUUUAUUUAAUACCAGUAUAUUAUUUUGAAACUGGCACCAAUCUUUCCAUCAGUGUUAUCCUAGUAAUUAUACAGUUUACAUGUGUCUUUUCAACCAUAUAAUGUACAUGGUACAUUGUCUCUAUUUAAGAUAUAGCCGUGAAACAUAAGCCGGUUUUUAUCAUUUCAAACAUCUGUUGAUUGCUAAGAUCUAAUAAACGGAUGGUAUAUUACUAAUUAGAUCUUAGAUUGUAGUGAAACAAAGUCUUCUUGGGUAGGUGUAAUGAAAAUAUUGUUUUAAAUGUAUUUAUCUGUUAUUUUUACAUUGUUUUUGUUGUAAUUUUCAAUGUGUAUGGAGAUACCCUGCAAUAAAAGUCCCUUUUCUUU